UUCCCUUCAGUGGGGCCUUUCCUUUUCUCCUCAGGACAGUCCCUCCCUCCUCGGUGGGACCUCUCCUUUGGACAGAUCUCCCUCUCUUCUCAGUGGGACUUUUCCUCCUCGCUCCCUCCGCCCCAGGAGUGACUCUUCCCCUCUCAGGAGAGCCCCGCCCCUCGCGACAGCUCCAUCCGACCGUUAACGGUAGCCAUGGCUGCUUUGCGGGCUCUGAUGCGACUGCAGCUCGCGAGCGGGGCCUCGCGGCGGGGGAGCACUAUCCGCAGCUCUCUCCGCACGAGGCGGCCCGCCGCGCUGGCGGCUGUCGGGGGCGCGGCGGUGGCUUCGUGUUGUUGUUGUUAUUACUAUUAUCGUCAUUCUUCAUCUUCGCCAGAGUCGGGGAGCGCGACCAGGCGGGAACGGCGGUACAGACUGGGCCUCCCCAGCGGGGAUGUGUUUGCUCCGCUCUCUGUACCAACUGUAGAAGCUAGCGGAAGGGCCAAGAAUGUAUUGGAAGAAUCUGAUAUUGAAGAUGUGGAACUAUACGUUUCUUCCCAAGAACAAAGAUUUAGGCUGUUUACAUCACUGGAGUAUGAAGGUCAGCUAUAUAUGACUCCACGAGACUUUAUUGAAUCUGUUACUACAGAUGAACCAAGAGGUUUUAGACCUCGGAAAUCACUUUCAAAACAGGAAUUGGAAAACAUGCUUGCAGAAACACCUCCAGUAUGGAAAGGCUCUUCAAGACUUUUUCGAACUUUACAUGAUAGAGGUCUGAUUGCCUACACGGAAUAUUUGUUUCUUUUGUGCAUACUAACAAAACCUCAUGCAGGUUUUAAAAUAGCUUUCAACAUGUUUGAUACUGAUGGCAAUGAAAUGGUGGACAAGAAGGAGUUCUUAGUGCUUCAGGAAAUCUUUAGAAAGAAAAAUGAGAAACGAGGACGAAGAGGUGAUGAUGAGGAGAAGUCUGCACAGGUGGUGGUAAAUAAAGAUACCCCAAAUCAAACCACAGACCGAAGUUACUGGGAUACAUUAAGACGUAACACCAGUCAAGCACUGUUUUCAGACCUUGCAGAGCGUGCAGAGGAAAAUUUCUUUGUAGAUACUACAUUACUGGUGCAUUUUUUUGGAAGAAGAGGCAAAGCGGAGCUGAAUUUUGAUGAUUUUUACAAGUUCAUGGAUAAUAUUCAGACUGAAAUUUUGGAAACUGAAUUCCUUUCAUACUCCAAAGGCAUGACCACAAUUAGUGAAGAAGACUUUGCUCGUAUUCUGCUACGUUAUACAAAUGUAGACAACACAAGUACUUAUCUGGAGUCAGUUCGUCAAAGGAUUCCUGAAGAGAAGGGCAUCACUUUUGAUGAAUUCAGAUCUUUCUUUCAAUUCCUGAAUAAUUUGGAGGACUUUGCCAUUGCAAUGCAGAUGUAUAAUUUUGCAAAUCGAUCAAUUGGGCAAGAUGAGUUUAAGCGUGCUGUAUAUGUGGCUACAGGCCUGAAGCUUUCUUCACACUUGGUAAAUACAGUCUUCAAAAUCUUUGAUGUGGACAAAGAUGAUCAACUAAGUUACAAAGAAUUCAUUGGUGUUAUGAAAGAUCGACUGCACAGAGGAUUUAGGGGCUACAAGUCUACACAGGGAUAUCCCAGUUUCAAAGUUUGCCUGAAGAAAGAAUUUGUCACCAGAUAAAUGGUCAAGUGGCCUGACUGGAAAGGUUACUGCAAACCUACAUGAAAGGAAAUGAACAUUUUUUGAACAAAUUUGAAGGAAAUGUAAAGCAUGCUACUUCUGAUGUCUGGAAUGUAAUCAUAAAAACCCCAAUUUAAGGUCUAAUGUUAACUGGUAAGGUAGAUUUAUGCAAAAAAAAGUUAACCUUAUUUGAUGAAUAGGAAUAUUACUGCAUUAUAGUAGCUUUUAUUCACUGCUCAAAUUGUUCUACUUUGUAUGUUGGUGUGAAUAUUGUCUUAAAUUAAUAGAACUGACAAGCACAUGUGAUUUUUCUGUAUAUUAUGCCUUGCUUCACAGCUGAAAAUCUUUACAAUUCAGGAUAUGGAAUGAGUAGUCAAGAAAAAUAAUGUGAUAAACUCUUACACGUGGACGUGAGCACCAUAUCCACUCAUCACUCGACUUUGAUGUUUUCAGCUAGCAUAAUAUAUUAAAAGUAUAGACAAAAUUGCUUUUGAAUAUUAAUCUCAAGAUGUAUUUGGUCCGUGAUGGGAAAAGUAGACUUGCAAACUAUUUGAAACAUUUAAUUUUAUGUUUUUCAAUACAAAUUAUUUAUUAUUCUAUCUGUAGAGGUAAGUAGCAUAGAUAUAUUUAUAGAGAAGCUAGAUAAGUAUAGGAAUGAAUAAAGAGGAGGAGGAUUUAUUUGUAGGGUUAGAUGAAGAGGAGUGAGAAGAUCGUCAUAUGAAGAACAAAUACUGCUAGACCAGCUGGGCUGAAUAGCCUGUUUUUGUGUGGUGGACUGUAAUUCUACACAAUUUAUGUAAACUCAAAUCAUGAAAGCAAUGAAAUGUUUGAAAAUUACUUUUCAGAGAAUAUUAACAAAUCACUGGUUUCCUUUCAUUUAAAGCUAUCAGUGCAUACUAUUUCAGUUAACUCUUAAAACAAUUAUGUUGAUAUCUCCUCAAGGCAAGUUUCACUUUUGUUUUAUUAUCUUUAUUCUAUAAUAUGCUGCAUUCCAUUUACUAUUCACAUAUUUAUCGUAUUAGGAUAGGGAUUGUUUUGCAUUUCAUUUGAUGUGUACUUCAAAUGAAUAUACUUUUCAUAUAAUAAGCAUUUAAAUGUAAUGUUCUAAUUCAGAAUUGGCUACUGCAGCUGUCACAGUUACAAUUAGCAUAGUUGUUACAUCAAUGAUUCAUAAUUCAGUGUCUGCAAAAUCAACUUUUAUAGCUUCAAUUACGUGUUGGAAUCAAGCAAUAUAUUCUUAUUUUCAAAAAGAUAAAUAACUCAAAAUUAUUUGCAGAA